AUGUGGAUUAUAUCAUAUGGAUACGAAGAUGCUUCAGGUAAACACUACUCGCAAUGCAAGGCUUUAAAAGAGUGUACAGAAUACAGCAUAGGGAGAUCUGUAAACUGCGAACUACGAAUUCAACAGGAUAAGAGCAUAUCAAGAGUUCACUUGGUAGUAAAAUACGAGAAGAAUGAGUUGAGUAUAACCAAUAAGGGUAAAUUAACCAAAGUUAAUAAUAAACCAGUUCGAAUUGAUGAAUGCAUCGUAAUUCAAAAUCACGACAUAGUUUUUGAUAUCGGGGGAUCCCCGAUCAAUGUAGAAAUACACUUCUCCUAUCAAGAGUGGAAAAUACCACACAAACUAUCAUUGGAAGAAGAAAAAUCAACGAUUUUACAAUACGGAGUAAAAUUAUGCGAAUCAUUCUCUAAGAAGUCAACACUACAAGUUUUUUCUGAAGGUUCAAGCCAUACAGGUUGUUUAUUUGCUCUUAUAAAAGGUGUACCAGUUGUAUCCACAGAAUUUCUCAAUUGUAUAUGUCAGUUGUUGAAGGAAGAUAACUACUUAAAUUUUGAAUCGUCUUUCCAGGCAAUUAUCCGGAGAUUCAACUUAUUUCCUUCUUACAAUCAUGUCCCCAAUGUUUUAUCAAACAUAUGUAUAAUGGUUUUUGAGCAAAAGCUAUUCGACACCCUUCGAUAUACUAUCGAAAGUGGAGGCGGUAUGAUAAAGUUGCUAACUUCUACUUCUGAGAUCGAUGGUUCUGUGAUUGAUAAUGAAAAAAAGAUCAUUGUACUCAGUACUAAUACGGUCACAGAUACUCAGGCAAGUAAGAUGAAUACAUCUUUCUCUAACAAGUUUAGCGAGUUUGGUAUAGUGACUCACAGUCUAAAUGACUUUGUUAACGCCUUGAUUAAUAAUGAUUUAAAUGCCUUAAGUGAGCAGAAAAAACCAACCACAGAGGAACCUACCAGAGAGAUUUCACAACCUGUUGUAGUGAAAUCAAAGGCUAGGAUAAAACCUAAAGUUCAAAGGCUAGAUAGCUUAACCUGCUUUGGCGGUGGUAACCAAUUAAAGAUUGAAAACAGUGAAUAUAACACUCCUUCCAAGACGUCUGAUGAUAGUUGGAAUAAAGGGUCGGAACAUGAAUCAAAAAGCACCAACAGUUUUGAAGCAGUUGAACCCACACCAAUUGUUCCAAAAUCUUCAGAAAUUGUUACUCCUCCUACUGAUACAAAGGAAAAUAUAAGUUCAAUAACAACGGCAUUUGCUAAAGAGAAUGAACCCAGUAUAGCUUUGGAUUCUAAGAAAAGAAAGAGAAGACCAAAAGUGCAACAGCUUGGGAACUUGAUGAUGAGAGAUAUUCCGAAGGUAGCGACAGAAAGUUUCCAGGAACAGCGUGAUGGGGACUCAAAAAGAAUAAAGUUAGAAACUGACACAAGUACCGAAAAACCUAUUUUGGCCAAAAGCCUACCACGAAAUGACAAAGAAGACAGCAAUUUAAUCAAGUAUAAGUAUGACUCUACAAAACUUGGUAAGGAAAAUGAUGCUACGAACAAUAGAUAUAAACAAAAUGAUGAUUUAGAUGAUGUAAGAAAAGGAGUAAUCAGUGAUGAAUCUACACCACAGGAUCAACCUUCCUCUUUUGAAACAUCCGAAAAAUCUUCACCAAGAGUUACAGAUAGACCUCGGUCUAUCGCAAAACUUGAAACUAAUUUACCAGAGAGAAGGAAAACUAACGAUAUUGUUAGUGCUAUUGCUGAAACAAAACAGAAAGAGGUUCGCAGAUUCCAGGAAGGGAUAUUUGAAGUUGAUCAAUCAGAACUUACUGAAAGCUCCUUAGAAGAGUUUAAAAAUGUUGCUAAAGUUGAAAAGAUUAAGGUGAAACCGCGGAUCCUUCAUCCUACUGUUGUCUCCGAUAAGUCUGCCAUAUGGGCAGGUCGAAAGAAUUUCAAGCGCUUUACCAAAAAAUGGCCGUUAUACAUGAAAUCAUAUUCAAUUGAGGCUAAUACUGGACAUAUUCCCUAUCCUAAAGAUAACAACAACAACAGGUAUAUAGCAAUGAAAAGGUUUGAUUAUCGAAAAGACGGGAAGUCUGAAGAAAACAAUGGUAUUAAUAUUGAAAUAGAUUUUAGGUUACCAAACAGAAUGGAAGGGAGUAAUGAACUAAGCUUACAACAGAGCGGAGAAACUGAAUCGGCACAAGAGUCAAGAGUUGCAUCUGGUUUCGGAUUCAAAAGCAAACCAAAAUCUGUGCCAGAAAGAAACACUUUAUUCAUUACAGAAGAUGAUGACGAUAGUUAUGAUUAUGAUGCGCCAGCAGCACAUAAUCAAUUAGUAGUACAUGGCAACAAAAUAGAGAUGGAGGAUGAUAUUUCGUUGCAGUCAAACCGGAGCGUCAGUUUUGGCACCAAUUCGUUGGAACGGUCAAACUCUGCUGAUGCAGAUACUGAUGAUGAUGAUGAUGAAAACAAUACUCGUCGCUUCAAUUUCAGGUCUAGGAGGCGAAAAUAG